CAUCUGUGUAAGAAUCGAUCCUAUCCACAAAUGCAACAUGGCCAAAAGAAAGCGUAAUACCAAUGGCGAGCCCGUAUUUACGAAUGCUCCUAUACCGGCAAAGAAAGUGAAAGCAGCAACGUCGACAUCAAAUGGCCCCAUCACAAUCCAGAUUGUAGCGGGGUCCUACGAUCGAGUCCUUCACGGCAUUACAGCGACCAUAUCCUCAAAGGACGAGGUCCAAUUCGCAGAUACAUUCCUAUUCAACGCACAUGCCUCCGCGAUACGAUGCUUAGCAAUCUCUCCAGCUUCUGCGCCUGCACCAAAACAGACACAGAAGGUCAUUCUCGCAAGCGGAAGCACUGACGAGCGAAUAAACCUCUACCACCUCUCCGCAAAUGCGCCCUCGAAGAUCACCGUCCCUGUAAUACCGUCUCUCACAUCGAAAGCCGUGGUCGAGAACCCACAGAAUCGAGAGCUUGGGUCGCUGCUUCAUCAUGCAAGCUCUGUCACCGCAUUAUAUUUUCCAAACAGAAGCAAGCUUCUGAGCUCAGCAGAAGACAACACAAUCGCGGUUACGCGGACUAGGGAUUGGAGUCUGCUGUCAACUAUAAAAGCUCCAAAUCCGAAACCAGUUGGCAGACCAAGUGGAGAUACUGCACCAAUGGGAACCGCACCAAAUGGAGUCAAUGAUUUCGCUGUGCAUCCCAGCAUGAAGCUCAUGAUAUCGGUUGGGAAGGGAGAGAAAUCUAUGAGAUUAUGGAAUCUGGUUACUGGGAAGAAGGCUGGUGUGCUGAACUUCGACCGUGGUAUAUUAACAGAGGUUGGUGAAGACCGACACAGUAGUGGCGAAGGAAGGAAAGUGGCUUGGGGCUCGACGGACACUGGGGAUGAAUUCUGCGUUGGCUUUGAGAGAGGUGUCUUGGUGUUUGGUAUGGACAGCAAGCCGAAAUGCAAAGUUGUUCCAGAGCCGAGGACAAAGAUACAGGAGUUAUGUUAUGUUCAGGUUGAAGAAGAGGACGACGUGCAGCUUAUGGCUCUAUCGACGGAAGACGGCCGAAUUCUAUUCUAUUCCACCAAGCAGAAGGAUUUGGUUGAGGGAAAGGAAGUGGAAGGAAAAGACACGCCUCUACCAUCUGCGAAAUUGAUUGCACAGCUUGGCGGGAAGGAUAUUGGACUAUCUGGGAGAAUCAAGGACUUCUCUGUUUUGACAAUAGAAGAAGGUUCCACGAAAGAUUUCAUUGUGGUUGCCGCAGGUAGCGAUGGUGCUCUCCGAUUGUGGAGGAUAUCUGCUUCCAAAGACUUGGCAUCGCAUGACGAAAAGGUCAAGCAAAUUGGGAAGCUGCUUGGGACAUGCGAGACUGGUAAUCGGAUCACGUGCCUCAAAGCAUUCGUGAUGCUACCGAAGAUAGAAGGAGCAGAGGAUGAUGAUAUUGGAGACCUCGAGGGGUUGGAGCAAGGUGAGGAUGGAGAAGAGAGUAAUGAGUCCGACAGCGAAUGAUGAUACCCAUUAUUGUCGAGUGCUUUCGACGCCAACAACUUUCCUAGACUCUCUUCGGCUUAUGGUUGCGCGACUGCAAAAUCGAAUCAGAGUGGUGAAAUGAUCUCAAGUUUUCUUGAAUAACCAACGACUACUAUUAGAUGAGAGUUUCAUUGCUUCGCUCCUCGGAACUGGAUCUUUUCCAUAUGCUAUUGAUUUAUCACAGUGGAAGGUUCCAAGGCAAAAUCUAAUGCGGAGUUGACUGUUUUUCUUCCAUCUGCCUCUUUCCAUUUAUGACUUUUCAUGCGAUUGACUGUACGCUGCUUGUCGACGUUUACAUAUGUAUUUAUGUGAUGCCCAAGUAAAAAAAUCGACCAUCGCAAAGUACCCGGGGAUAGAUGGGAAAGGCUACUCAGGGCGAGAGUGUGUUCUAAGAGCAGGGUGGAC